GUGUACACAUGAGGCAGCGUCUAUAAAACGACUACGGCAGAACUUCCAGCCACACUCAUUCGGUGCAGGCAAGAUACCCAGCGAGUCGCAGUCAUGUUUCGUGUUUUCAUCAUCGCUGCCUUGGUCGCUGCAGCCUCGGCUGCUGGCAAAUGCAAGGAUCUGAAGGUGACACUCGGCUUGCCCGGGUCUGAUGCCAACACGACCAUCAACUAUUCCGUCUGCCCCGAGGCGAACGUCAUCACCUCUCAGGUGGUCGGCAACGAAUACUUCCAGGGCGCGACCUCGUACGAGGACUACGAUACGGGUUACGGUGCGACCCGUGACGCUGAGAAGGAGGAGUGUUUGGUGCAGAAGCUGACUGUGUCGUCCCUGAAGGAACAAGCUGCUGAAUUAGCAAAGCAGUCCAAGCAGAAUGUCAAGACAACCGGUAAUGUCAGCCUCAUCAAGGUCCCCGAGGAUGAGCCCGAGUCUGAAUUCGGCAAACGCAUUGCCAAUUUCUGCGGCAACUACCCAGUCUACAAAGUUGGUACUGACAACGAAGAGACACGCGUGGCUCCUUUCGAACAGGAGAACAGGCAAGUCACUUACACCUUCACCAAGUGCUUCAUCCUGAGGUGCUUCUUUUACUACACUUGCUAUACUACCACCCUCACCAUCCCCACUGGUACAACCGUCACCUUCUUCUGGUUCUUCGGAUAAACGGCAACGAACUACGUUGUUCUUAUGAUAUCAAAUCUUCAUUCUUGUAAAUGCCAUCACUGUCACGUGGAUUGAAGGAAUCAUAAGACAUGAACGGCCUACUCGACGACUUCUCUUAUUGCUAAUAUAUCGGUCUCAAUGAUGUCUACACAUCCAAUAAAAUACAGCACAGACAA